GUGCAGCUCGUGCUCCUGGCUGCGCUGCUGGCCUCGUCCCCAGCGGCCCUGGCCGAGGCCCCGCACCUGGUGCGCGUGGACGCGGCCCGUGCGCUGCGGCCCCUGCGGCACUUCUGGAGGAGCACUGGCUUCUGCCCCCCACUUCCACACAACCGGGCCGACCAGUACGACCUCAGUUGGGACCAGCAGCUCAACCUGGCCUACGUGGGCGCCGUCCCCCAUGGUGGCAUCGAGCAGGUCCGGACCCACUGGCUGCUGGAGCUCAUCACGGCCAGGUGGGUGACAAUGGCAGAGGCCGCCUGGGUGCUGCUGGGCAGAGCCCACUGGGUGGAAGUGGAAUCCAAGGCUGUGUCCACCACGGGGGGCAGUGGGGUGCAAGCUGGGCGAGAGCUCUGAGGAGCCGUACACUUCCCAGCAAAGUGUCCUCUGGGGAAAGGAUGUCACCUCCCUGCCCUGGGCUCCCGGGGGCCACGGGUGCUGGGCCAACCCCAGGAUCUGACACAGCUGGCUUCCUGCCAGAGGCCACUGUGGAGGCUCCGGGUGUGGCUGGCGCUCCGGCCCUGGCUCUGUGGCGGGACCCAGCUCCGCAGGUGCGCAGGUGCCCUGUGCUGCGUUCGGGUCAGGCUGUGCAGGGAGGCCGCCCCAGGUCCGGGGAGAGGCUGCGCUGGUCUCGCCGCCGUGGGCCCUGGCGGGCCUGGCCGAGCCCAGGCACGAGGUGUAAGGGACACUUGGGUGUGUGUUGGGGGCCCGGAGAGACACAGAGACCCUUACGCCCCAGCCAGAGCUGCCAGCUAGCUCCCACCUGGUGGCGUGCGGGCCGCAGGCGUCAAGGGACCAGGGUCCUUUCGGCACCAUGGGGGCCCCGUGGCUGUCUCGGGGCCCUCGUUCAAAUGCGAUGGUAGCGCUGAGUGUCGACCCGGCCCCCACGGCCCCACAGACCCGCAGCACUGGCGUCCAGCUCCGCACCCUGGGGGCGUUUGUGUCAAAGGCUCCCUCGUCCCUCCGGGGAGGAGGUGGGACCCACGGCCUCGGGAGAAUCUGCCUGGGCGACGGGCGGUGCGAGGACUCGGAGGGAGUGGGGUCUGGGCCGGGGCCGCCUCCGCUAGAGCGAGGAGGCGGAGGUCAACAGCCCCUGGGGCCAGGCUCGGGCCGCCUGCACGGCACCGUGCACGGAGUGGAACAGCUGCCCCUCCUCGUCCGCCUCCCCCCGGUCCUCCCCGAGGAAGCCCCCUCUCCUCAGGGCGUCCCUCACGGAGGGGCUGCAGCAGGCCAGGAGCAGGGCGAUGCCCAGGGCCCUGUAGUCUCCCCGCAGCUGCCGCAGGGUGGCCAGGCCGGCCGCGUCCAGGAACAGCAGCGGCGCGCAGUCGAUGACCACCGCGUGGAAGCCGGCGGCCUCGGGCACCAGAGCAGCCACGUUGCUCCCCGGGCCCCGGCCCGUGUCCUCUGGGGGCUCUCCCUCGACGACCCCCGCCUCGGGGCCCCACUCCUUCCUCCUGGCAACUGCACGCCCCACGUCCAGCCCCGUGAGGCUGUAGAGGGACCUCAGGAAGAAGUCCUUGUUGGCGUAGUGCAGCGGCCCUGCAAAGCGGAAGACCUGCACCCCAGGCUCGGGGACCAGGCCCUCGAACUCCGUGGCAUCCUCAUAGAAGCCGGAGCCCCCGAUGCGGGCGAGCAGGGCGGCGUGUGGGCGCUGCGUGCGGCCGAUCAGGCUGAGCAGCGAGAGGAGCAGACCGGCCAGCAGCCCGGCCUCCACGCUGACCAGCACGCAGGUGGUCGCCGUGGCCGCCCAGACCAGCGCGUCCGCCCGGCUGAGCCGCCACAGCUGCGGGAGGUCUCUCACCUUGCGCAGGGCGCCCCGCAGGCUGACCACGAUGACGCAGCCCAGCACGCUCCGCUGCAGGUCCCGGAACAGGGGCGCCAGCACCAGCAGCACCAGCAGCACCACCGCGGCACUGACCACACUGGACAGCUGCGUGCGGCAGCCGGUGGCCGUCUUCACCAGGCUCUUGGCCAGGGCGGCGCUGGUGGCGAAGCAGUGGAAGAAAGCGGGCAGCACGUUGCAGCAGCCCACGGCCAGCAGCUCCUGGUCGGCUCGCACAGAGUAGCCGUGGCCGCGGGCGAACAUCUCCGCCAGCGAGAUGGAGAAGGUGGAGCUCACGAGCGCCAGGGGCACGGCGUCCAGCGCCAGGCGCCACAUCAGCCCCGGGUCCGGCACCCGCGGGGCCAUGAAGCCAGUGGGGAUGUCGCCGGCCACGCUGGAGCCGAAGCGAGCGUGGAACUGCCCGAGGUGGGACACGAGCGUGGCCCCCACGAUGACCAGCAGUUCCGUGGGCAGCGGCACCUUCAGGCGGUGCCUGCAGCGGUCCGAGAGCUCCUUGGCGGCCAGCAGCACGGCCAGGCACACGGCGCUGGUGAGCACGUCGCACAGGUUGGCCUGCCCGGCGCUGCGCAGCAGGCUCAGCCACGUGAGGACCACUGCACCCGGCCCCUGGUGCCGGGGGGUCCGCACGCCCAGCAGGUGCUUCAGCUGGGAGGUCAGGAUGGUCAGCGAGGCCCCCAUGGCGAAGCCGUCGAGCAGCGGCUGCGAGAGGUAGGCGGACAUGAAGCCCAGCCCGAGGACGCCCAUGAGGACCUGUGGGCAGGGUGUCGUGAGGACAGCGGACUGUCGGUCUCCGCCCAGGGGGCGGCCGCAGCACGGGGCCGGGCUUGCCGUGGGGAGGCAGCUCUUUCUCCUGCCCUGGGAGAGGCACUGCUCCUCCCGGGGACGUGGAGCCGCUGGGAAGGGGCCCAGGGCUGCGGCGGCCAGGCCUGCUCCAGGGGCGGGCGGGGGCGGGGAGGCACGAGAAGGCUGGCAGCCCACCUGGGACAGGGAGGCCACGUGGGCCAGCCGGGCGUGUCUGCAGCUGAGGCCACACCUGGCCACCAAUUCCAGCCCAGGCUGCAGCUGGCCGGAUGGGCCCCCUCGGACGCCCCGUCCGGGGCACCGUCUCCAGCCCACCGCUGCCCACGCUUUGCUCUGUCCUCCUCUUGUGGUUAAACCCCCGUCCUUCGAGGCCCCACCCAGAAGUUCGGCGCGGUCCCCGCUGCGUCCGGCUCCUCACCUGGUAAAUCCCAGCCACCAGCGUGAGGGCGGUGGCAACUCGGAUGGCGUAGCAGUCGCGCCCGCAGUCCUGCAGCCCGAGGGCCAGCGCGGUGGCC